UUUGAAAAAAAAACCGGGCGAAAUAAAAAAAAAAUCGGGGUAUUCAUUUCUCUGCUUCUUCUUCUUUCUUUCUUUCCCUCCUGCAUUUCAUUUUCGUUAUCCCUAACUCUCGUUUUCGCCCUUCUCUUAGCUUCGACCACCUUUCUCCAUAUUUCUCCUCCAUUAUGCGUGCUCAUAGUUCUCCAUUGAAGAGCAUUCUAAGCUUUGUCCAUAUCACUCCUCCACUACGCGUACUGUUAAAGCGGAUUCGAGCUUUCUCACCUUCAUUGAAGCAGCUUCGAGGGUGUUGGAGGAGCAGUUGAAUUAGCUCCUGGAUAUUUGAAGCUGGUGUAUGAUAUGGUAUGUAAGGCUGGAGGAGUCUGCAUUGCUGAUGAAGUUCAAACUGGAUUUGGUAGAACAGGGAGCAAGUAUUGGGGCUUUGAAACACAAGGCGUUAUUCCUGAUAUAUUGACAAUGGCAAAGGGAAUCGGCAAUGGCCUACCCCUUGGAGCAGUGGUGACCACACCUGAGAUUGCUAGCGUAUUGGCUCAGAAAAUUCAAUUUAAUACUUAUGGAGGAAACCCGGUGUGCUCUGCAGGUGGUCUUGCAGUCCUGAGGGUAAUUGACAAGGAAAAACGUCGACAACACUGUUCUGAUGUAAGGACCCGCCGCCACUCACCCUUCGCCGGCCACCCUCCGUUCAAUUUCGUAAGUUACUCAUGCUUCAACUGUAUUACCUCCUUUUCAUUCUCUAAUUCCUUGUUUACAUUUCACUUUAGCAUUUCUGAACAUUUUAUUCUGGAAUUUUUGUCAGGUUGAAAUUAUCUUAAUUGUGAUGAAUUUAUUGACUUACAUUUUAGGUUAAUUGUUUCGCAUCAUUGAAAAAUAAGGACGGGAAAUUUUAUAUUUUAGGUUGAUUUUGUGCGCUUUGUUCUUUCUGAAUCAUAGUUUUGAUUCUAAUCAUAGUUUGGGUUAUUUAUGUAACUUGGACUCUUCAUUUCACUUCGAGUUCUCUUGUCGGAUCCUCGGCAUUGGAAAUAUUUGGAAACUUGGAAACUUACCUAUCCAGUUGUAAUAAAUUUAUGAACUGCAAGAAGUGUUUUGAUUUUUUGUUGCAAAUUUGAAAAUUUUCGGGCUGACAUGUAUGUGCGAAGUAACGUCAUGUAUGAUCUUGGUGAUCAUUACUCAAACUUUGACAACUUACUUAUCUUCCACUUCUAGUCACUUUACCAUAUUCUAAGAAGUGCAAGUAUUAUUUAGGCUGCAUCAUUUACAUUACUAAGGAGUUGUAUUUAGAGUGGAUUUUUACUGGAGCUUUUCUUCAUUGUGACAUGCUUGGAAAAUCUAAAAGAAAAUAUCCCGGCGCAGAAUUUUUGUAUCUGGUCUGUCCAUAUAGGUUCUUCUAAGAUUUUCUGUCACUCAGUUGGGUUAUAUAUAUAUAUAUAUAUUCACUUAAACAUGAAUUGUGCUGGUAGUUAAGGUAAACACUUUGCUCCUUAAUUUGGUUUUUUAUUUAUUUAUUUAUUUAUUUUUUUUUUUUUUUGUGACAAAUUAGAGCUAUUAUAAUUAGUUUGAAAUAGUAGGAGCCCCUAUUUUGACGAGCUCAGCACCAACUUUUUGUUUGUUGAUCUCUUAAACUUGUGUACGGUUUUGACCAACUUUUGAUGAUUGGUUCAUAUGCAGUUUCACGUGAUGAUGUUUAUAGUUGGGAAUGCAGUAGUCUUGAAUCCUUAGCAUUCUUAUGUAUUUCUCAUCCAGAAAAGUAAAAAGGAAAAGGCUCUUUUCUUUCGUUUCUACAUGCUGCAGAUUUCUGUUUAAAUAUAUACUGUUGGGAUUCUUGUGAGGGAGGAAGAUGUUUGAGUCAUUUAGUCAUGCUUAUCCUCCUACUUGUUGGGAAGAAAAACUAAAGACAACUCACUUUCCUGAGAUGAUAUUAGGAAACAGUUCUUUAAUUCUUAAGCAUUUAGCUAGUGGCACUAAAAUUCAUUUCAACGCAUUUGAUGCUCGGCUGGAAGCAAGAAGCCUUACCAUCAGUAGAAGUUCCUGCUGCAGCAAAAUGGAAAUUCAGAAGGUUCUUUCCAGUGACUCAUGUUCAACUUUCAAUCCCUGGCAACUCAAGACACCAGAUUGGUAGAAUGCUUGCUGUUGGUGCCUUACAAAUUCAUGCUUGGAGCCCUACUACUGAAAUUGGUUCCUCAAACUACAUGACUGAGAAUAACUUUACUGGGAUCCUAAGCAACAAUGAAUCCCUCAACCCAGACUUCUACAAUUGGAACCGCGUUAUGCUAAGAUACUGUGAUGGAGCUUCCUUUGCUGGCAAUUCCUUGUACGAAAAUGGGACCUCAUCGCUUUACUUUAGAGGGCAAAAAAUUUGGCACGCAAUUAUUUAUGAUCUUCUUCCACAAGGGUUGGCACAUGCAGAGAAGGCUUUGCUUUCUGGCUGCUCGGCAGGGGGUUUAGCAGUGUUUCUGCACUGUGACAACUUCUCCAGGUCUCUACCUGGAAAUGCUUCUGUCAAAUGUAUCAGUGAUGCUGGUUUUUUCUUAGACGUAAAAGAUGUAGCCAACACUGACACAAUUAGAACCUUAUACCAUGAUGUCGUUUCUCUUCGAGGCGUUGAACAAAAUCUCAACUAAAACUGCACCAGUUCUCAAAUCGAUCCUAAGCAAUGCUUAUUUCCACAAUAUUUCCUGAGUUACAUCAAGACUCCGAUGUUCAUCUUAAACACUGCAUAUGAUACAUGGCAGUUUUAUAACAUCUUGGUACCAUCUUCGGCUGAUCUCUGUCAGUGUUCGGAGUUUCUGACCUGAUGCUGUGCUUUCGUUUUUUCUGGGUUGCAUUGUUGUGUUGUGUCUUGGAGCUGCUGCGUUCUUGUGAUGCUGAGUUCUUGUUUUCUGGGUUGCCGAGGUGCUGGUGCAGGCUGUGUUUUGGGGCUCUGUAGGGAGCUUCUAUCUGGCUGCUGUGUUUUCGUUCUUCCUGAUUAUGCAGUGCUGUGUGUUGUUGUGAUGUGGAUUGGAGCUGUUGUGUUCCUGUGUAGCUGAGUUCUUGUGAUGCUGGUUUACUAGGGUGCUGGUGCAAGCUGUGUUCCUGGUCCUGUGCUGACUUUGCUUGUUGAUGCUUUUGAUUAGUUGGCUGUGCAUGGUCCUGCUCAACUGGCUGCUGCUAUUUUUUGUCAUGUUUUGCUGGGUGCUGGUUUUUAUUUGUUGUGUUUCGUUUGGUGUUUGUUUACAGGUUGUUUUUUUUAGGAGGUCGUUGUGUUUUAGUUGAGUUGGUCUUGCUGUUUACCUAUUUUGUUGUAGUUGAGUUGGUCUUGCUGUUUGUGUAUGAAAGUUAACAGAAAUAAUGAAAAUACGUAACUUUAUAUAUAUGUUAAUGUUUCUAUAUCAAUUUAAGUGAAAAAAAUGCAAA